AUUAUUAGAUUUUCUUGUUUAAAGAUUUCUGCCAUUUUGGAGAUCUUGGCUAGCCAUGAAUCUUAUUUUAGAUUCCAAUAAUUAUAUUGGAUUCUAGGAACUCACCAUAAAAAAGGCUUAGGCCCAUGGAAUAAGAUAGCUGGAUGAUAUUCUCUGAGUAAAUUCUCUUGUUUCCCUAUGGUAGUUGUCAAGGGGUGGGGGGUGAGGAGUGAUCUCUAGUAUAAGACUAUAGGACUGUUGAGCUUGCUCACAAUCAUUGCAUUAUUUCUCUUUUGUGAUGCGAAAUUAAAUCCGGUAUGUUAAAUCUUAUUGCAAUUAGUUUCCUCCUUGAUCUAGUUGCAUUAUGAUGUAGCCUGAUUUUUGGGCUAGGACAUCCAGCCUAUAUAGGCCCCAAAAUGUUUGAUGAGCUUGGUUUCUGGAAGAAUUGUGGCCAUAGGGUUGAAUGAGAUAUAUUUGUAUGGAACCAUGGGCCCCAAUCGGGUUCAAGGACAUGCAACACAUGUGGGCCCCAUACUAGCAAGAUUUUUGCUUUUCUUUUUCUUAGUUGUUAGAGUUAAAGAGAUAGUUGAGCUAGUUUCCUUUUGUAUUUUGUAGAUUUUAGUGUGCCACUUUUUGGGUUCCAACGAUGUACAAAUGACACAAAAAUGGCCAUGUUUGAAAGCCUAUUGAGUUAGCUUCUAGACGAGCCCAAGAUUAUGUGAUUCUAUUAUCAUUUGAGUGAGAUAUGGCCUCUUUUUUGAUGAUGUGUUAGGUUUUGGUGGGAUUAAAGGCUAUUUUAGUUGUUUUAAUAUUUUAUUGAAAUAGAUGGUUAUGAUUAAAAGUAAUGGAUGAUUAUGAUUACAUUAUGUUUUCCUUGCUUUGUGGAAAAGUAUAUAGACAUGUAAAGACUCUUCUAUGACUGGUUAUGAUGAUUAUUAUUUGGUUAAAGAGAAGCCUUCAAUAUAGAGUGAACAUAAACCCUUCCUUUCAUUUGGGUUGUAUAGAUCAUUGCUCGUGCAUCCCACACCACAGUCCAUCAUUAAAACCCAUAGAUCUUUGUGGAGUUCCUGUACUGGUUUUCUUCCUUGUUCCUGCAGACCUAAGCAGUUUUUCAUGCUUGAAUCUAUUUGGGCCUGCACCAGCAUGUGUGUGGACGGCCCCACCUGAGGAAUGACCCAGAUUUUGAACACGUGACUUAAAGGCCGUUGAACACUCAUUGGUUGUGUGAAAAAAUCUUGAAUCAUCUACUCAAAAGCAAUCUCAAGAAUUGAUCGAGUGUUGGUGCUUUAUGAAGUAUAAACGAGGGAAGUUGUAAAAGCAUCUCAACUGUCGAAAUCCCUCAUUAUGACUUUCAGUCUAUUGGUAGUUCCAUUAGACAUUACCCAGCUAUCUUUAAGCAAAUUCUUGAAUGGUAGAAUUGUUCUCCAGGGAUGAAAAGAAGAAAAAGAAAAGAAAAGAAUUGAUGCAUAAUGAAACAUAGCUUACAAAAAACAAGUGCAGAUCAGAUGAACAUGAACCAUACUCGAAAGCGUCAGAUGCGAGCAGAUGCUGAUGAUCAAGCUGCCGAUCAAAUCAGCAAUUUACCAGAAGCCAUUCGUAGUCACAUUGUCUCCAUGCUCCCAAUGGAAGAGGCUGUGGUUACCACCGUUUUGUCCCGAAGUUGGAGACACAUCUUAACUUCUCUCACCACUUUAGACUUUGAAUACUCCCGUUUCCCUCAAGUAAGACGCCGAGAACAACUCUUCAUCGAUUUUAUCAAGCGGACUAUAGCUCUUCAUAACAGGUCGAAUAUAGAAAAGUUCCGUAUGUCUUUUGGGUUUUAUUUCAGAUACACUCCUCUUGUCAAUGAAUGGAUUGGUUUUGCUGUGGGCUGCAACGUCCGGGAGCUUGAUCUUGAUAUCCCAAAGUUGGAAGAUGCCAAACUGCCUUCUUGCCUUUUCACUUGUGAAUCGUUAGUGGUGUUGAAAUUGAAUAUGAACGACUCUGUUCUUAAACUGCCUGUGACCAUUGAGUUUUGUCGGCUCAAGACCUUGCAUCUCAAAUGGAUCAGCUUUUCCGAUGAAUGCUUGACACGGGGACUAUUUUCAAGCUGUCCUAUGCUCGAAGAUUUGAAUUUCAGAAGCUGUGAAAUGAAGGAAUUCCAGAUUUUUGACAUUUCCUCUCCCUCACUCAAGAGCUUGACUAUGUUUUCUUGUGGUCUGAGAACAUCUAAGCUCAAGGUUUCUACGCCGAAUCUCUUAUCGUUCAAGUACAUAGGCUAUAUGGCACAAGACUAUGCUUUGGAAAACCUUUCCUCUCUAACUGAUGUGGACAUUAAUUUUUUCGGGUCGACUGCUGAUGAAGAUUACAGUUUUCACUGGGGUAAACUAUUCAGAGGCCUCAGCAAUGCACGAGUCUUCAGGUUGGGGAUUUCAUGCAUUGGGUUUCUGUCAAGAGCACGAGAUUUAUUAGAAUGGCUGCCUAGAUUCUGCAAUCUUAAGCAUUUGAAGCUGACUUCCUUUCCUAACAAAAAUCAUUUCCAAGCAAUAUUCUGCUUGCUCGAGAGCUCUCCCAAUCUAGAGUAUCUCCUUGUGGAUGUGAACGGAACUGAGUGUGUUAAGGUCACCACAUUGGACUUCUUGAAGCAAUUUGAGUGUUCGUUGGUGCCGCACAAGAUACUAAAGAAACCCAUCUGGGUGCAACCAUACACUGUCGAUUGGCAAGGGUACAUGGAAUCAAGAGAGUUGUCACUUGAGUGCCUGGAAUACCACCUCAGGACAGUUGAGAUGAGGAACUUCCAUGGAUGCGACGACGAAGUCAAUUUUGUGAAACUUUUGUUGAGAAACGCAAAGGUAUUGGAGGGAAUCACCAUAGCUGCAGAUGACAGCCAGUCGGCAGGGGCUGCUUGCAGGGGAAUACUGAACUGCACAACAGCCUCUUCAAACGUCCACAUUACAUUUCCCAAGAAAUCUGAAGUUCAUAUUGCACCACCGUCCCGUUGAUUGAUUUCAUUGCGAGACAACAACUCAGUAAACUGAUUGUACAGGAACAGGUAAAAUACAUGUCCAACUUGUAUUCAUGUCGCCACAUUAUUACCCUCCAAGCACAAAUUCUCUGUAGGUUGUCCCUUAUUACUGUGCAAAUUCCUGUGUGAGGCCCAUGUAAGCCUUCUAUGAUCAAUGGAGAGGUAUGUGCUUUAGUUUGCACAUGACCGAAAAAUAGCCAUGAUUGGAUAUUUAAAGCCAUACAAUUAAGAUCAUGCAAAAUGGAUGGCAAGUGUAAAAAUGAUCUCACCAUCCAUUUUGCAGGCCCUUAUUUGAGUGGCUCUAAUCCCUUGAUCUGGGGUGAUACUGCAGCCAUACCAUGUGCAGUCUACUGUGGACCCUCCUCUCUGAUGUUCCACCAUGAUCAUGGGUGGGCCUGCUUGGGCCCACACAUAAAAUUAUUGCCUUAAUAAGGUGUGGACAAUUCUUAUUGGACUAGCUCUCCCUUGUAUCCGUGCAAAUCAAGUGACUUGAUCUCCUGUUCCGCUG